UCGCGAGUCCUAUCCGCACGCAUAUGGUGCAAUAGAUGGGCAAAGUUUAACAGUCAAGCAGACGAAUUUUCCCCCCUCUCUACGGCUAAAGCGAGCAAUGACGGACUACGAUGAUCGCAACAACUGUGCAUCUAAUAUGUAUUUACCAUACUACGUCUCUACUCCCGAUUUCUCGUCGGUUUCGUCGUUUUUGCCUCAAACUACGUCGUGUCAAGUCAAUUUCCCCUAUUCUUCGAACAUAGCGCAAGUCCAACCUGUUCGCGAAGUGACUUUUAGGGACUAUGGACUGGAUCAUCCGAGCAAAUGGCAUUACAGGGGCAAUUACGCUUCGUACUAUUCAACGGAGGAGAUAAUGCACCGAGAUCUCUUGCAGUCCACAAACAGAGCGGAAAUGAUUUUUAAGAACGAUUCCAUGUACAGCCAUCACGCUGGUACUAACUCCUCGUGCAGUUUCUUCACCAACGUCGGCCGAAACGGGGUACUUCCACAAGGAUUUGAUCAGUUUUUUGAGACGGCAAACUCCGAGAAGCCCAACCCCGAGCAGUCCAAACAAAAGCCAGAUACGAGUGUCCCGGGAGAUGCUGCAUGUAACCCGUCUACAGAUAGCGCGGAGCAGACCAAACAGGACCCGACAGACACCGUGGAGGAGGAAUCCUCCGUUUCAACCUGCGAUGAAGAAAAGAACAGCGGCUCGAGUGCGACAAAGUCCAGAAAGAAGAGAUGCCCGUAUUCCAAAUACCAGAUCCGAGAACUUGAACGAGAAUUCUUUUUCAAUGUGUACAUAAACAAAGAGAAACGCCUGCAGUUGUCAAGAAUGCUCAGUCUUACAGACCGACAAGUGAAGAUUUGGUUCCAGAACCGCAGGAUGAAAGAGAAAAAGCUGAACCGAGAUCGACUCCAGUAUUUCACUGGAAACCCAUUGUUCUGAAAGUCAUGAUAUUGGCCGCUUCAGGAGACCAAGGCUAUUCUGUCAUGCUUGUGGGACAUCAACCAUUCGUCGGACUUAUUUUCACCUCAGCCCUGUAUUUGUACCACUAUGCAAAAUACUUGCUAUAUCAAACAAAAACAAAAGAGUCAUUUUAUUCGCAACUGCACUUCUGCACAAAUUACCUAUUGCAGUGUAUCCGCAGAGAUGGACAUUAUCAGUUUUCAUAGGUACCCCGACAAUCUCUUCAUACUCUGUGAUUGCCAUUGAAAUGCAGUUGCUUUGUGUUUGUUUGUAUUUAUUUAUUAUGUUUUUUUAAUUUCAGUUCUUACAUUCAAUACAUUCAAGUAACAACUCGCACUGCGUAAUAAGCAACAAACAGGUUUGGUUAUAUCAAAUGAAUUCGUUGAGGUAAAGCUGUGUAUGCAUUUAUUCAUUUGAAGCAUGUAUAUGUAUCAGUGUAUUAAAUAAAAAUACAGGACGUA